GUCACUCCGAGGCUCGGAACCGACGCUAGAUCUUACCCUUAGAAGACAAGCCGUCAACCCACUCGAUUUUCCCGCCAGGAUCGCUCCAGGGAAGGAAACUCGAGACGAUGCUCCUCCAGAUCCUGGGGUCUCUCCAACACCUCCGGGCCUCGACCAUUGUCUACGCCCUCAUCGCCCUCCUCCUCCCCGUCACCGUCACCUUGGCCUUCAUCCUCCACAAUGGCGACGCUGCGUCCACGCGUAGGAAGCUCCGGAACCUGGAAUCCAUAGGCGUCCCGGGCAACAAAAGCCAUAUGGCAGAUCAAUUCGAUCCCAAAUAUGCCUUGCCAGAAGACACACCAUCGGACACGAAGGGGUCCAUCCGCAUCAAGUCUAUCUACAUCCACCCAAUCAAAUCCUGCGGCUUCAUCGAAGUAGACAGAGCCCUCCUCACAAAGACAGGCUUUGCCUACGACAGAUGCUUCGCCCUCGCUACCGAGACGCCCGACCCGGAAACGGGUUCCGUCUCCUGGAAACUCAUCAGCCAGCGCACGAAGCCAAACAUGUGCCACAUCCAGACCGAAAUUUACCUCCCUCGGAAGAACAGCGACAAGCGAGACCAUUUAGUCCAAGCCGGCGGCUGUGUCCUCGUAACAUUCUCUGACCCAGAUCCCCCAACAUGGACCCAACGCAUCGAGACCUUCCUCUCCGACCCCUUCAACCCCUCCGCAAGGCCCCAAGUCUCCUUCAUCGUGCCCCUGAAUCCCACCUCAACACUCGUAGAUGAGUACAACAUCGGCCUCAAAACCUUUGGCAUCCACGCCCGUGACGCAUCCGGCCUAGACAUGUCGCGCAUCCCCUCCGUCGCCACAACCCUCCUCCCCAAACUGAAAAAGUUUCUAUCCAUCCCGCCGAACCGCGGCCUGACACUCACCCGCUGUACGCCCGAUACACUGACCCGGACGACGCUCAACCUCGCUCCUGUGAGCUACAUAGGCUCGCCCGCCGUCCACGGAUACACAGACCAGCAGCCCGUCAACCUCAACAGUCUUUCGUCCGUUCACGCCGUCUCCGCGCUGCUGCCGCCUGAGAACAGACCCCUCGACGCCCUCCGCUUCCGCGCAAACCUAUGGGUAACCGGAGCUCCAGCAUACGUGGAAGAGACAUGGAAACGAUACCGCAUCAUCCCAAAGGGAGAUCUCUCAAAUACCAGAAGUCCGCGGGCCGACGUCUCACCAAAACUCUCCGUCGUCUGUAGAACCUCACGCUGUACAAUGCCAAACGUCAACCUCGCAACGGCAACCUUUGACACGGAGAACCCAUCGUCCGCAGAAAAGAAGAACGGAAAACCGCAGCCUAGCACGACGCUUAUUGAACACCGCACCCCUGAGACGGGGAAUCCUAAGGCGUUGGGAUACCUCGGAAUGCACUGCGUGCCAGAGGACUACGACCUGGAUGAGGCCAGGAGGCAGGGAAAGGGGUUAUAUGUCUAUGUCGGCGAUGAGAUUGAAGUUCUUGAAACGGGAGAGCACUUGUAUGGGUCUACUGCGAAUGAUUACUGAGGUUGGGCACAUAGGUGUCCCAACGACAAUUGGAUGCGCCGCCUUUCUCGCCUUACGCUGAAUGAUGACGAAUGUAAUGUCUAAAAUAGCUUAUAAUAAGAAAACACGUACGAUUCCCGACUCAAGCGACCUAGCAUCUUGGAAGAAGUUGGAAAGUAUGGCCUCGGAAUGGACUGGACAUAUGAUGAAAUAUAGCCUUCGUUUAUAUAUAGUUGCUG